AUAAUAAGUUAAUAUAAGUGUAAGGCUUAAAUGAUCACCAUAUAGCUAUUGUUCUAAACUGUCACUGUUUUACUGAAAUGUAGUAUUUGUCAUUAAUUAUAUUGCAUUUUCUCAUUAGUUGCAAUCAUGUAGUAUGUGAAAAUAGUCAAUAGCUGAAAAAAUAAAUCUGAUGUUAGAAAUAUUGAGAAUAAUUGUGAAAAAUUUUGUUUUUUUUUACUACUUGUUAAUACGCCGAUUGAGCCUUGCGCAAAACUCCAGAAGCUAUUAACAAUUUCUUUACAUUAACGUCUUCAGUAGUUCAUGUGUAACAAGCUAAAGGUGCGGUUUGCUGCGGUUUUUCAUUUUCUUUUUUAAAAAAAUGAAGUUUUACUGAUCUAUGCGCGAGUUGACUGUAUAUCAAUCAUUUGCCAAUAGGGUGUAAAAAGUUAACCAAGUAUUAAGAGUCACACAAUUUUAACUUAUUUAAUUCAUAAUGACUUCAUUGAAGAAAAAAGAGGUUCUUCAAAUUAUGUUAGGUAAUAAUGACAUGAAUAUAACCGUUGAUUCAAUUUUAACUAAAAUUGCUAUCAAUAAAUCAGAUGUAGGUUGUAAAGGAUUGGAACGCUUGAAAAAUGCUUUAAAUAGUUUAAAGUCAAAAAGAAAUGCAAAAUAUCAGCAUUGCAGUAGGAAAAUAGCUGUAUUUGAGUCACAAAAUUCAGAGUGGUUAGAUUCUGAAUUUACUAUUCCUGACUUAGACCUCACAGCUAAAAUAAGUAAGACUGAAAUACUUAAAAGAAAUACUGAAAUACUCCAUCGCUCGAUUUUGCAGAAAAAUCUACUAGAUCGAAAAGACGAGAAGUGUCUAAAUCACGAAUUGCUUCAACGUUUUAAGGUAAUUUUAAUUAGCCUCUCUUGUCAUCUUCCUCUCGAUUCAAGUCGAUUUGAAGAAUUUUGCACCUCUACUGCAAAACUGUAUGUCUCGCUCUAUUCGUGGUACCCUAUGUCUCAAACGGUUCACAAAAUUCUUAUUCAUAGCGGAGAAAUAAUAAAAAACAGCAUCUUACCGGUAGAUAUGCUCGGAGAAGAAGCAUCUGAAGCGAGAAAUAAGGACUACAAAAAAUUUAGACUCCAGCAUAGUAGAAAGCAUAGUAGGAUGGCAAAUUUGGAAGACUUGUUUUGUAGAGCCAUAGACACUUCUGAUCCUCUUUUAUCGAGUUUACGUUUAAAAGAACGCCUUCAACAAAAAGUUCAAUUAUCUCUUCCUAAAGAAGUGCAACUUUUAUUGAAAGAGGUUGAAGUAGAUUCUAAUCAAUCAGGAAGUACCAAUUACGUACAGAUGACAUAGAAUUAUCCGAGGAAGAAGACUCACAAUCUGAUGUAAAUGACGAUAUUUGACCUCGUAGAGCAAGCAAUUAGUAUUUACCUAUUUUUAAAAAAAUUUAUAAAAAAAAUAAAAACCAAUAAAAUAAUAUUUAAAAACUUAAAAAAAAUUUAAAACAACAAAAAAUUAAAAAAAAAAGAAGGAGUCUCAAGUCGCACUGUAACCUCCUCGUGGUAGAUUCCGGAAACUACAACUUAUUAUGUAGGCUAACUGCAGGCGUGUCUCUUUAUCUGACAUAUUGGAUCCACCAUUUUCAAUUGUUUAAAUCUAAUUGCAGAUUUGUCAACAGCGAUACAAAAAAGCCCGAGAAACAAGUUUCAAAUUAAUCAGAUAAAAUUAAAAAAAGGUCCGCAUAGGGGAUUCGACAUUUUUAAUUUCUAAAAUCUGGCAGCAGAUUCGUAAUCAGCGCCCCCAAAAACCCCUAUAUACUAAGUUUGGUAAAAAGUAAUUAGUUUUAAAAAAUUUAUGUCCGCCAUAUUGGAUCCGUCAUUUUGAAUUGUUGAAAUCUGACUUCAUAUUCGUAAUCAGAGACCAUCAAAACCCCUAAAUACCAAAUUUGGUGAAAAAAAUCCAAUUUUUUUAAUUUCAUGUCCGCCAUAUUGGAUCCGCCAUUUUGAAUUGUUGAAAUCUGACUUCAUAUUCGUAAUCAGAGACCCCAAAACCUGUACAUAGCGGUAUUAAAAGUUAUAAAUUGUUGGUGUUUUGGGAAUUAUGAAUUUUGGCCACUUAUAAGGGUCUCCUGGCCCACUGUGCGAUGCAGUGAUUUUAAUGCCGCGAAAAUGUUUUUGUACACUUUUAAUCGAGAUAUCAACAAAAUUCAAACAAAGUAGCAAACGUAGCCUCAAAAAAUGUGAGCAAAAAAAAGAAAAAACGAAAAAAGUCAGUAGUAGCAGUGUUUACUUUGUUUAUCAAUUUUUAUUUUUACUUGUUUACAUUUUUUUUUAUUAUUAGUAAGAUACUACCUAAAUACCAGGCUGUAGAAACUCCUCGUCAAACUGCUCUCAGCAGAAUUUUAUCAUUAAAGUCACUUUAACUAAAAUUAGUUAGCCCCAUAUAAAUAGUAAAAUAACUCAAUUACUAUUAUGUAUAAAAAUCAGAAAUAUAAUCAUCAUAGUUAUCCAAUUAUUAAACUGAGAAAUUUACUUCGCUUACGCACAUUUUAUAUUUUUUAAACGUCUGUGCUUUUGUUUCUUAAGUGCACCUUAAAACAAUUUCCGAAAAAUUAGUAGAGUACAGUUGUCUGUAAGAGCACACGAAAUUUGCGCUCCACAAUACUUGACUCCACAAUAAUUUACAAUAUAUAUAUAUGACUGUAUGUAGAGUACAUGUACAAUACCCCUUGUGGGUACCUCCAUACAAAUAUAGAAAAUCUUUAGACAUCCGCUUGCACAACGCACACCAUUUUUAGUUCCCCAUUAAAAUAUCGUAAUCUGCAUACUUCAGCGCAGCAUCGCGCUAAUUAAUUGCACAAAAGCUUGGUCGUAAUUUUCCUUUUUACAACAUUUAAAUUGGCAUACAAAAGAAGCCUACGCUAUACAUACAUACAUACAUAACUAAGUAUAAAUUUAAUUUCGCAUUUUAAUUAGCUCAUUGUUGUAUUCGUCUGUUAAGUUGUAUCAUUGCAUUGUAUUGGCGUAUUUGCAAUUUGCAUAUGGCAGCGCGUUCAACAGGACAACGAACCGGAUCAGCCUUCAACUUUGCAUCCUUGGUUUGGAUUCAUCGAGAUGGUUGCUUAAGCGAUCCUUCUAUUAAUCGAAUCUUUUUUUAAUUAUUCCAAAUUAUGUAUCAUUCACUCCGGCAGCCUAUAAAGGAGUCGAACAACUGAAGCAGACAAAUGUGUAUGCAGGCUAAGGUCGCCCCCGAAUAUAUAAAGAAAAUUGUUACAAAAGAUUUCAUAAACGAUAGUAGUACUACUAAAAUCAAAGAUAUCAUAUAUAAACGAUGGUCCCAAUUGGAGUCGGUAAAGGCGUAUCGCAAAGGGAUCAAAGUUCACAUUGCCCUAUAAAGACUCAAAAAAUUAUUUAU